AAAUGGGUCUCCUAUUGGAGACAGCCUCAAGCCAAGGCCUGGGUAAACCAGCUGCUCUUCUUCCCCCCCUUCAGAGCUCUCGCUCACACUCUCACUGACCGCAAGCGAGCAGGUUGCUCCGAGGCCCGUGCCCCACCCCAUGGCCCCUCACCGCCUCCUCCACCUGCUCCUCCUCGCCGCCGCCAUCACGGCCGCCUGGUCCCAGUCACCAGCCACCGCGCCGUCCGUCUCCCGCUCCGGCGCCGCCGCGCAUUCCCCCACCUCCUCCUCCUCCUCCUCCUCUACCGCCGCCAACGCCCCAAGCCCCUCCUCCUCCUCCAAGAACAACAGCCCCAUCUCCACCGCGCCCGCCGCGUCGCCGUCCCAGUCCCGCAACACCGGCGGCACCAAGCUCACCUCCCCGGCCGCCUCCCCCGCGCCCACCACCAGCCAAUCCCCGUCCCCACCGACCCCAGCCCCCAUCACCUCCUCGCAGCCGCCGGCAUUGCCGCCCCCGGCCACGGCGCCGUCGCAGGCGCAGGCGCCCGUGAGCACGAGCGCUCCUCCGCCGGCCGCGUUCUCCCCACCUGUCCCCGCGCCGACGCUCCCUCCCCCGGCCCCGGCCCCGUCGCCGUUGUCGUCGUCGUCGCCUCCGGCCCCGGCGCCCGUCCUCCUCGCCGCGCCCGCGCCGUCCGUCGUCACGGCGGCGCCCGCGCCCAGCAAGAAGCCGACGAAGAAGAAGCACGCCCCCGCGGCUGCCCCGCUCGCCGCCGCGUCCCCGGCCACCACCACCACCACCACCACCGGCGCCGGCCUCGCCCCCGGCCCUGGCCCCUCCACCGCCGACAUGAUGAGCGGAGCGGCGCGGGGUCGAGGCGGGGGGACGACAGCGGCGGUGCUGGUGCUGGUUCUGGUCGUGUCGCUGACGGUGGGUCCGAUGGUUGCGUGAGGAGUGGUGGAGCCCCACCUGUCAGGGUCGAGAGAGUGGUUUGAUUUGUUGUGAUGGGGAGCAGCAGGAGUACGUGUGUCUGCAUGAGUUGGCCAGCCACUGUAUUUUGUGCUGCAGUGCAGCACGUUAUUCUCUGCAUGGACUUGAGGCCCGGAAUGUACUAGUGUGUUACUAUUGCAGAACAUUUUGAUGUUUGAUUAUUACUUCUGCUGUGCCUA